AUAGUAUUAGGAAACAAAAAUCAAAUAUAUAAUGUCUGACGAUUUUUUUGCUGAUGGUAAGUAGAUCUUACUCUUUUUGUGAGACAUUUCAAUGGAUUCUGCUUUUGUGCGGAAUCUUUUUGGUUUUGGUUGCGGAAUUUACGUAUCUAACAGUGUUUUAGAUUUCCAAGAGACGAACGCCGCUGAGCAGCCCGUUGAUGAUCCUUUUGCCGACGCUCCUGCUAAUGAGGGAGAGCAGACGGAGGAUCCUUUUGGAGACGCUGCCCCUGCUUCUCCCCUUCCUGCUGCUCCUGUGGUGGAUGAAUUCAAGUUUACCCGCGAGUGGAACAUGCAGUUCAGAGAGAGAUGCGAAGCAAAGGAUAAGGCCGCUCUGGAAAAGAAGCAGGAGAUUCUGAAGGAGGCUAGAGACGCUCUUCUUGCUUGGAACGAGGAGAGAGAGAAGAAGCUGCACGCAAAGGCAGAGAUGAAUCGCGAGGAAGAGGCUAAAAUAAUUGAGGGAAAUAAGGAGGAUUUGAAUUGUGCUAAUCCUUGGGAGCGUGUGAGCAAGCUCAUUGAACUAAAUGCUGAGGGAGAGCACGAUCUUAGCAGAAUGAAGCAGGUUUUGAUCAGAAUGAAGAAUGAUGCUGCUAAGAUGUAA